AAGAAGCAAAACUGCGUCUGCUAUUCGCCUAGUUGUCGCAUGGGUCCUUCAACAAGCACCUCGGCUGUUGUGAAAGCUUUCGACCCUACUAAAACUCGAGAAGCUCGCAAAGGCGUCCUGGGAGAGGAUCUGCCUUGGCCUUUACCAGAAGUCAAUAAUUUUGUCGCGAGAGGAACGAAACGAACCAGCAUUUUUGUAAUACCGCAAGUUACCCUUCGAAAAUUAGCAAAAACUGCUGGCCGAAGAGCGAUUUAUGUACCGAGCUUUUCUGCCACUGCCAAGGGUAACUUACAAUACUGGAACUACCCCACCUCAAGGCCGUGUUUUGACUUAUGCUGGAGAUGGUUAACUGCGAACUGUGCUUCUCUUCAAGCUGUCGCUCUCCAACUGCGAAUACUUUGGGCGUCUAUACGAUGGCAAGACAUGAAACCGGAAGAUGAUGAUCCUGAUAGGCGUAUUGUGAGCCACUUCCCAGAUCGCGACGAACGAAGGUGGAUAACAUCACACAAGGAGUAUGCACCACCCUGCAUUUAUGAGCGGUACCGCAUAUCCAUCGAAGUGCUGCCUUUAGAUGAUGACAAAGAGAUUGAAGAAGAGGACGACUUAUCUUGGACAAGUGAAGGACGUUCGGAUAGAAGAAAGAGCACAAGGAGAAAGAGGCCCGCUCAUUCGUCUACACAGCGUGUUAGUCAUUUAAAGGAGGAGUGGGUCGACGGCGUUGACCUCAAGUUACAUGAGAUAUAG